AUGUCCAACAGUAGUUUCCUCACCCAGUUCCUUCCCCUGGCAUUUGCAGACAUGCGGGAGCUGCAGCUCUUGCACUUCUGGCUCUUCCAGGGCAUCUACCUGGCUGCUCUCCUGAGCAAUGACCUCAUCAUCGCCAUAGCCUGCGACCACUACCUCCACACGCCCAUGUACUUCUUCCUCCUCAACCUCUCCCUCCUCGACCUGGCCUCCAUCUCCACCACUGUCCCCACACCCAUGUCCACUUGUCUCUGGGACACCAGGACCAUCUCCUUUGUAGGAUGUGCUGCACAGGUCUUUUCUUUCUUUUUCUGUGCUACAGCAGAGUUUUAUCUUCUCACCAUCAUGGCCUAUGACCACUGCAUUGCCAUCUGCAAAUCCCCAGGGACCCUCCUGGGCAGCAGGGCUUGUACCAGCAUGGCAACAGUUGCCUGGGGCAGUGGUUGUCUUUAUGCUUGGCUACACACUGCCAAUGCCUUUUCAAUACCACUCGACCAAGGCAAUGUCCUGGACCAGUUCUUCCAUGAAAUCCCCCUGAUCCUCAGGCACUCCUGCUCAGACUCCUACCUCAAGAAAGCUGGACUUGUCAUGGUUAGUACCUUUUUUCUUUUGUUUUUUUCUCAUUUUCAUCAUGCUGUCCUAUGCGGAGAUCUGAAGAUCCCCUCUGAGCAGGGAUUGCACAAAGCAUUUUCUAUGUAUCUCCCUCACCUGGCCAUGGUCUCCCUGUUUCUCAGCACUGGCAUAUUUGCCUACCUGAAACCCCACACCAUCUCCUCCCCAUCUCUGGAUCUGGUGGUGGCAGUUCUGUUCUCAGUGGUCCCUCCAGCAGUGAACCUCCUCAUCUAUAGCAUGAAGAACAAGGAGCUCAAGGAUGCCAUUAAGUGA